CUCCCCAAAAGGCAGAUAAGGCGUUUGUAAGAAAUGAACUAAGAAAGAAAGAACGAAAAAGAAAAAAGAAAGCCACCAGCCGGCCAGAGACUGUUACACCCAGUGACAGCAUCACAUCCCUCUAAGACAAAUACAACCCUGGCUCCCUAGCAGCAGGGACAGAGAGGAGGGGUGGGUGCUGGAAUAACCAAGGCAACGGCAUAAAGGGAGAUAGCGAAAGAAGAAGGAGAAAGAGAGACAGGAGGAGAAGAAGAGAGACGCUUCUACCUGGCUCAUGUAAGCGGAGGAGAGCACAGAAGCAGUAGAGUAGUACACAGAACAAGUACCGUCACCUGUAAUCCAACAGUCAGACACCCGUUCUUCGUUACCAGCAUGUUGGUGAAGGAAUAUCGGAUUUGCAUGCCCCUUACAACGGAGGAGUACAAGAUUGGACAGCUGUACACAAUCAGCAGACACAGCCACCAGGAGAGCGACCGAGGGGAGGGGGUAGAAGUGAUUGAGAAUCGAGCGCAUCAUGACCCCGCCCAUGGCUCUGGGCAGUACACAGAGAAACGGGUUCACCUUUCCAGCAAGUUACCCAGCUGGGCCCGAGCCGUGGUCCCUCGAAUCUUCUACGUGUGUGAAAAAGCCUGGAAUUAUUAUCCCUUCACAGUGACAGAAUACACAUGUUCAUUCCUUCCCAAAUUUUCCAUUCACAUCGAGACCAGAUAUUCAGAUGACUGCGGGGACAAUGACAGCAUAUUUAGAGGGGAUCCGUGCGAGACACACGAGGUGUCACAUCUGGAUAUUGCGUUUGAUGAGAUCCCGGAGAGAUAUUAUAAGAGUACGGAGGAUCUGCGGAAUUUUGUCUCCAGUAAAACAGGACGUGGCCCACUGCAGGAAGGGUGGAGGUCCAACACACGGCCUGUAAUGUGUUCCUAUAAACUGGUCAAUGUCAAGUUCGAGGUGUGGGGUCUUCAAACGCGAGUAGAGCAGUUUGUACACAAAGUUAUCCGAGACCUAUUGCUGGUUGGGCACCGCCAAGCCUUCGCGUGGGUCGAUGAGUGGUAUGGCAUGUCAAUGGAAGAGGUACGGGAAUAUGAAAAGGAGACACAAGCAGCCACUAAUGAAAAGAUUGGUCCUGUGGCACCCACCAUUACCAUCAGUCCGGAUAGUCAGUGCACAGCCAUCCGCAGUGCCCCAGCUACCCCAAUUACCGGCGACCCACCAGAAUUCCUCACUCUCCCCAAAGAUAGACCCCGUAAGACCUCAGCUCCCGACACCCUAACCCUUCCAGAACUCAGAGAACGGGUCAACGGGCCCUCAAAUCACAGCCCUCCAACAAACACGGACAGCUGAAACUAUGGUCCAGUCUACCUGUUGCACUCCCAAUGUUGUGAACUGCCAAUUCAAUACGCACACGGAGUAGCGCCCAAGAAAUGAACACUCACCAAACUUUAUGGACAAUGACAAGGCUUGAGUCCUUGAAAUGGGCAUUGACGACAGACGCUUGGCCUCUUUUGCAUGCAUUUUACGGGAGAUUCUGGAAUUGUCAACGUUGACGUGAAAGGCCUUGUACUUAAUGUAGCAGAAUUAAAAAAAAAAAAAAAACACAUAUGAUCCAUAAUUAGCACUUCCCAUAAGACUCAUCUCAUCGAACAGGACCUAUACAUUGUACUUGUUAAAAGCUAGAAAAUAUCUAGUCUUGAUCUAGGAACAAGAAAAUGUAAAUAUUGCGGGGUAAUCAAUUCUAAUCUGUCAUUAAAUUGCAUUGCAUUUCAUCCUGUGGCACAAACAUAGCAUAUUCAUCAUUGGACGAACGUAACUUCAAUUGUAGCCACAAUCAAUCAAUUAGAAAUCAAACGGAAGAUUAUUUUUAUUGAUCACAUUUGAAUUAAAUUGUUCAAGUAUUCAUUUUACCAUAAAGCCAGGCUUAUAAUAGACUUCUCCUUUGUUAAUUAUUCCAUAAAAUUAUUUAUAAGCCUAAUUGUGCAUUUUGCAUUUCACCAACACUUCCAUCACAGCACCUUCUUCAGAGAAGAAAUGAAUCCCCUAAUAAGCCAUAAGAAUAAAUAUCUAUUUUUUGCCCAGAGAAAGUUGUUGUUGUAAUUUAUAAA